GCUAACGCGGGGGGCGAUAAUUAUUUUCUGAUUGCAGUCACCCGCCUCGGAACGCAGAUGCUGGUAUCGCUCAUGCUGCUCCCGGGGAGGGCGUGACGAGUGACGGACCAACCCGUGGUGCCGGGAGCUAUUGAUCUGCGGGUCAGCCUCAGGUUACCCGGGAAACGUCGUCUCCUGGAGACUGAGCCGUGACAACGGUGGAGACAAGAGGGGCGGAGGAAUGGCGAGAGGCUGCGGGCUCGGUUUGUUCCUGCUGCCGCUGCUGUGUCUGAUCAUGCUGACGAGGAGCGAAGAGAACGAGAAUUCUGAAGAUAUCAGGUGCAAGUGCAUUUGUCCACCAUACAAAGAUAAUGCAGGCCAUAUUUAUAAGAAAAAUGUAACACAGAAAGAUUGUGACUGUCUUCACGUUGUUAUUCCCAUGCCAGUUGCUGGACAAGAUGUUGAAGCUUAUUGUUUAAGAUGUGAGUGCAGAUAUGAAGAAAGAAGCUCUGUUACAAUUAAGGUAACGAUUGUUAUUUAUUUGUCUAUCCUGGGCUUGCUGCUGCUUUAUAUGAUUUAUCUGACUCUGGUGGAACCCUUGCUGAAAAAACGAUUGUUCCAUUCAAGGCCACUGCAGAAUGAGGACGACUUUGGGGACACACAGCCAUUUGCCAAUGCCCAUGAUGUGCUGUCCCGUUCUCGGUCACGUAGCAAUGUAUUGAAUAAAGUUGAAUAUGCACAGCAGCGCUGGAAAAGACAAGUUCAAGAACAAAGGAAAUCAGUCUUUGAUCGUCAUGUUGUGCUCAGCUAAAAACACUGCCUUUUAAAGGAAAACUCAGUGGGCCUAUGGAAACAAUCUGACUGAUUCCUCGAAGAUCUUACUUGCUGGUAGAAGUUCGUUAACUUCAACACCUUGGUGUCAAUUCUUUGACACAAGUGUAAUAAUCAUACUGAUGUUUGAUAUUAUCUUGCCAUUGGGAUUUUCAUUUACUUUCAGAGAGUUUACCCCAACUUCUGUCCAUCAAUAAAUUAUGGUGUAGUUGUGGAACAAACUGUACAAGAUAACAUCAUUAACAUUAAUUAUAAACUAAUUACAAAAUAUAGCUAAAAUUUAAUAUUUUCCUGGAUGCUUUUAAUUAUGUAGUUCAGUUGCAAAAAUAAUUUGGCAGUUACAUGGAUAUUGAUGUGCUAUAAAAUUAACAGUCUUGAUAUGAUCACAGGAUUGCUGUUAAUGAAACACACUCUUUGUAAAAGUCUAAGCACUCCGUCCUAAAGGAAGUGCCUGCGAUUUUUGUUGACACCCAACACCUAAUUUUCAUUUGUUUUUAAACUGAAUUUUUUAAUGAAUUAAUGAAGCCUAAAGAUGACAACUAUAAACAUGAUUAUGAAAGUAACUGAUCAAGUAUUAUAUUGGUAUGUGUUCUGAUUAAACAACUGUUCACAACCAAUCUGAAGUGUAAAAAAAAUCAACACCCAUGAUUAAAAAUGAUUUGUGUAUUGUUGCAUACCCAUGCAUUGCAGAAAUUGUCAGUCUUUCUUAAAAAAGAUGGUGCUGGGGUAUGAUACACCUUUAAAGCUACUUGUUGAAACCAGUUUUGGGUUGAAGUGCCUGUUUUUCAUUUUGCAUUAAUAGAUGGGUUUUCAAUAGUCUUAGAUAUGAUUCAUUCCCAUUGUUCUCCCUUUCCUCCUUUUUAAUAGUAAACACUUAUUCUAGGGUAAAAUUUUGAUGGUGUCAGUAGCUCUGUUCCAGCUAUAUUUCUCCAAGUGUUAGGUUAAAAUAUUAGAUUGUGGAUCUGUACUACAGUGGAAAGCACCACAGCCAAAUUCAAUGUUGUUUGCACCUAUCUGUACACUUGAAGUAUUGAGCAAACUACCAACAAUUUAUGUUCUGAUAAUCUGGCCAAUUAGUGACAUUUUUCUUUCCUUCAUCUGAUGGGUACUGAGACCAGAUUGUAUCUCUCCACUCAUGUUCUACUGCUCUUUUUUGGGGCAUGGAUGAUUUCAAUGAGUUUGUUGUAUGUAUUCAGAGAAUCCGAUAAAUCAUAUCUCACAGAUACUUCUUUAAAUACAACAAUGUAAUCACUUGAUUUCUUCAUAUUUCUUCUAUACUGGUUCCUUUAUGUUCCUUUGUCUUUUUUUGUCACAUCUGCCUUGCAUCCAAAAUCUGCUAAUUCAUUUCAAUCCAGUGAUUGAAUGAAAGAUUUUUCUUCUCUGUAUUCAGUACUGUGGUGUCCAAUGUAAUUGCCCAAGAGGAGGCCAGACCUUGUGUAAUUUGGUAUUAAUAUGAGGAUGUUCUACAUUUUUAUUCCAUAUGUUAUGAUUUCUCUGUCUGUGAAAUUUACUGAUUCUAUCAGAUAUAGGUCUUCUAUCCAGAAGAUCUUGUAACCAUCUACUAAAAUAAUUGAAAAAUGGUUAUUUUGCCUCUUUGUUUCCUGUAAAAGGAAGCUCUUUCAUGCCUGCAUGUGUACAGAGCCUCAUCUAAAACCAACUUGUCAAUGGGGUAAACUGGACAUCAGGAUCUACUAAUACACGAGUAUCAUGUUAAGUUGUAUUUGAUGUACCAACAUGUUGCCAGUUUUAUUUUUACUGGUCAAUGUCUGCCAAAAAAAAUUACUUUUAAAACUGCACUUGUGUUUUUACACUGGUAAACACCUACAUUGUACUCUGAUGUGACAUUGAUUGCUAGCAUGUUUAAACUGGAGAUCAAAGUAGACCUUGCCAUAAGGAAGUUUAUAAAAUACAUUUUUUUUUGCAUUAGUCAGUCAAUGGUGGUUGUUCUGACCACUUAAAUAUUAUUGCUGCACAAUUAACUAAAUGUCUGGAUUGCACAGGAAUUUUGUUUUAAAUACAAAUUCAGUAAUUAAAUGAAAUGAACUACAUAAUGAGAUCCUUAAUUUAAGUUGUAUGUCUCUCUCAAAAUCCCCUCUCCAGUCUCUUCAAAUAAUACAAAUGUGCAUAGUCAUAGUUUUUGUAAGAUGUAAUUAACAAACCUAAAAAAUACUGACUCUUAAAUUCUGGCUAAUUGUUCAAUUGCAGUGGGUGAUAUUUGUGAAGGAUAACCCAGGAUGAUGCAUUUUUACAUGAGUUGAAUUUGGAUCCAAUACAGAUCCAAAUGGUAUGGUCAUUAAUAUUAAUAAAAUUUCAGUUGCCAUACAUUGAAAUGCCUCAGUGAAAUCACCUUACUUUGAUCUUGACAAGCUACUGUAGCAAAGAACUAAGUAACUGAUGAAACACUUCCCAGAUAGGCUUCAAUGAAAGAUAUUUGUUUAUGUCAUUAUAGAUAAGUAAUAGCAUGUUUGGAACACCCAAUGUUUCACUAAAUCAGCCAAGCUAUUAAUUAUAUCUUGCUAAUAUUCUCACUUUUCAUCAUCUUCAGUACUUCCCUAUUCAAGAAUUUAUUUAAUUCACUUUUGAAAAUGCUUAUGAAAACUUACAACAAUGGCUUAUCAUUGACUGUUAAUAUUUUACUUUUUCCAUUGGAAAAAAUUGUUUUGCUUAUCUCCUUUAGUUCUCCUCUUCAAUGUUUUCAUUGUUGUGCCAAUUAUCAUCUCCUCAACAAGCAGAAACAAUCUAUUACUAUUUACCCCAUCAUUUAUUAAAAUGGUGAAACACUAUCAAGCCAUUCCUCACCCGCGUAGUCACAUGGAAGCAGCUUCUAUAUUGGUAAAUUAAACAUUUAAUAUUUCAUAAUAGUCUCUAUAAUCCUAUUUUCAAUUUGCAUCAGUGCUCUAGCUCUCAACAUUGCCCUGGGUAAAUUAUUGUUAUAAUUCAAAAAGCUAUCUUCCUACAAUAAAUUUAGUGAAUUAACUUUUUGAAUGAUCUACUUAAUGACCCUUCAGGAUUUAUUCAACUGUCAUUGUUAGACAAUAGAUCUACCAAGUAGUUUUCUGAUAUUUUUUCUCUCUCUGACAACGAUUUGGAAUUUUAUCAUUCAGCAAGUUCGAACAAGAUUUCAUCAGCCUAAAAAAUUCAUAAAUCAUGAUCUCCACAAUGUAGAAAUCAAUCAACCACAUGAUACAUCUUCAGGCUUUCACCUUUGUCCAUUUUAAUGGUAUGCAUUAUCACACUUCAACAAAAAUAUUCUUUCCCAGAGUCAAUCAACUUACUUUGUUUCAAGUUCUUGUCCAAUCCUCUUGGGGCUUUUUCAGUCACCUACCAAAUAGGGAUUAGAACAGGUUUAAUUUAACUUUACAUAUUCUCCUCUUUCCCAUCAGUCCAACACCACCCAUACGCAAUCACACAUAAAAUUUGUAAAGACUUGUGUUCCUAAUCUUUUUAAGAUGUUUUAAGAUGUACAGUAAAACUUUGUAUACCUCUUUAAUAAAUUUUAUUUCUGUACU